UUUGACGGAUGGAUAUAAAUUGAAUGCACUAAAAAUACACGACAUUUCAAGUGCAUGACGAAAUGUUGUAUAAAUUAAAGAACAUUCAAAAUAAAUAAAUUUUUAUUCUUAACUAAAAACGCAAUUUUUUUACUUAAAUUCCAUCACUCGUUUCCAUCACACCGAACAUUUAUAUUUGACGAUUGAAGUUAAUAGUGUUUUUUUUAUCUUAUGCGUACAAGUAAAAUCGAUACACAUUUUUCCAAAGUGAAAUUACAUAAAAAAACCAUUGGGUUUUCAUUACAAAUACAUUAAUUACUGGGCGUUGAUUGACACGAUUAUUGUGAAUUAGUUUUUUUUAUUGAUUAGUUUUGAUAAAAAUGGAUGGAAAUAAGGAUGAGGCGCAACGAUGCAUAAAUAUUGCAUUAGAUGCUGCUAGAUCUGGUGAUUUAAAACGUGCCGAAAAAUUUCUACGCAAGGCUGACAGUUUAUAUCCAUCACAAAACGCCAAAGAUCUUCUAGCCGAUAUUAAAUCGCGAGAAACCGAAACAAAGGACUCCAGCGAUGGUGUAAGAAAACGUAAUACAAACGCAAAGGCCGAAGCAUCUCAAUCAAAACAAAGUGAUACAUCGUCCGGUGACUAUACCAAAGAACAGUUAGAAAUGUGCGAACGAAUUCUUCGCUGUAAAGAUUAUUAUGAAAUACUGCGCAUCACUAAAGAAGCCACCGACUCGGAGAUAAAGCGUGCAUAUAAAAAAUUGGCAUUACAAUUGCAUCCAGAUAAAAAUCGAGCACCUGGUGCGGUUGAAGCAUUCAAGGCAUUGGGCAAUGCGGCCGGCGUUUUGACUGAUGCAGAAAAACGAAAACAUUAUGACAUGUUUGGAAGUAAAACAGACAAAGGACCCAAACGACACUAUCACACAAAUCAUGAAUACGAGCAUGCAUACCGAGGUGCUGGCUCUGGAUUCGAUUCCGAUUUCACGGCAGAAGAGCUAUUUAAUAUGUUUUUUGGUGGUGGGUUUCCGCAAGCGCGGCAAACUACCCAACGACAAUAUGCUUCGCGUCGCGAAUCAACGCAUUACCAAAAUCAUCAGCAGCAGCCAUCGUUGGCGUUUAGUUUAAUUUUGAUUCUUGUGUUGAUUUCUAUGUUGGCGUCAUUUUUUACAUCGGACCCAGUCUAUAGUUUGUCGCAAACUGGGAAAUAUAAUGUAAUACAGCGCACUCACCACCUGAAUAUACCGUACUAUGUUCGAGAUACAUUUAAGAAGGAAUACCAAGGUUCAUUGCAUCGACUAGAAAAUAGCAUCGAAGAAGAAUAUAUUAUGGUGAUGAAGCAAAAUUGCAUGCGAGAACGUAGUUAUCGUGAACUAAUGAUAGCAAAAGCUCGUAAUUUCGGCAAUGAGAGACAAUUGGAAGAGGCUAAAGGAUUUAAAGUGUCGUCGUGCGAUAAUCUGGCCCGUCUUGGCCUCACGAAAUAUAUACUACACUAAAUGAUGCCGCAUCAAUUUUAUGUGAAAAGACAUCAACCAAUAGUUGACGAUGGUUUUCGUGUAUUAUUGUUGUUCAUUUUCUUUUUAUUUAUUUAAUUUAGGCCAUUUGAACAAUAAAACCAUACGCGCCGAUGCAAAUAAAUUGUAUGAUUCCGCGUAUAAAUCAUUUGGAAUCUAAAACAUACCUACGAAAUGUUUUUACACAUGUAGUAUUUUAUGCAAUAGAAUUAAAAAAAAUUAAAAUUCUUUAAUCGAGCAAA